AAUUUUAUUCAAUUCUUUUGCAGGAAAAAGCUGCAGUUUUUAUUACGCAAGUCUUCAUUGUAUCGUGUACAGAUAUUAUUAGGAAAAGCCUUGGAACAUAAAUUACACAUUGAAUGUUCUAUUCUGUAUAGUAAGUUACAAGAACAUCAGAAAGCCUUAAAGAUAUUAGUUCAUGAACUGCAAGAUUACCUGGCAGCUGAAGAAUACUGCUUGGAAAAUGCCAAGGGAAGAGACGAGAAAGUCCGACAUAAAUUAUUCCACACGUUACUCGAAGUGUAUUUGGACUCAAGUCUUGAUGAAAAUAUACAGGAAAAACUAAUCACUCCAGCAGUAGAGCUCUUGAAUAGUGAACUGGCAGAAUUUGAUGCUGCAAAAGUUUUAAAGCUUAUUCCAUCUCAUUGGUCUGUUGCCGUUGUCGACCAAUUUUUGAAUAAAGCACUUAGAAAUUCAUUACAUAAAUAUUCGAUGUAUCAUAUAGAAAAUGCUCUAGCCCGUGGUGAAAAUCUACAAGUAAAAUAUGCAAAAAUUCACCUUCAGAAAGCUCCUUUAAUUAUGACUGAAGAUAGGUGAGUGUGAUGAAAAAUAUUAAUAUUUAUUAAACUGUAUUUAUAGAUCGACCUUCGUUAUGCUUUAA